GUUUGAAGCCCUGACUGGCUGCUCUUCAGGAUGGCCGCGGAUAACAAUGUGCUGCUGGGUUUAGUGGAAGAAUUCGUGUCCGGACAGGUUGAUAGCAAGGCUGCAGACACGUCGACAGGUGUCAAGAACGGGCAGUUCACAGUUCUCCAACUGGUUGAAGCAUUGGGGGUGAGUUUGACCAGCUCUCAGCCUCAGACUCGUGGCAGAGGAGUUCAGCUGCUUUCUCAGGUUUUGCAGGAAUGCUACAGCGGCCUGUCAGAGCGCGAGGUGGAGGUCCUGAUAGCGUUCUAUGAAAACAGACUGAAGGAUCACUAUGUUAUCACUCCACAUGUUCUUCGAGGGCUCAAAGCUUUGGCUAAAUGCUCCGUUCUGCCUCCCGGUUCAGCGGUGUCCAUUUUGAAAUCCAUCUUCCAGGAUGUUCACGUUCAGUCCCUGAUGGUGACGGAGAGAUCAUGUGUUUACAACAUUCUUAUCAGUCUGAUGGAGUCCAGAGAGGAAGAGCUCAAAGGUUUGGGCGCAGACUUCAUCUUUGGAUUCGUACAGUCAGUGGAUGGAGAACGAGAUCCACGCAACCUCCUGCUGGCCUUCCAGGUGGCCAAGAACAUCAUUUACCGGGGUUAUGAUCUCGGUAAAUUUGUAGAGGAGCUCUUUGAAGUGACGUCCUGUUAUUUCCCCAUAGACUUCAGCCCUCCACCCAACGAUCCUCAUGGAAUCACACAGGAAGAGCUUAUUCUUUCUCUACGGGCUGUUCUGACCGGGACGCCUCGGUUUGCGGAGUUUCUGUUACCAUUGAUCAUCGAGAAGAUGGACUCGGAUGUUCAGAGCGCUAAAGUGGACUCCAUGCACACACUGGCUGCCUGCGGUCAGACAUACAGCCAUAAAGAGCUGGCUGAAUUCCUUCCAGGCCUUUGGAGCUCAAUACGGAGAGAGGUUUUCCAGACGGCCAGUGAGAGGGUGGAAUCGGCUGGUCUUUCGGCUCUGAGCUCACUAGUGUCCUGUCUAUCCCGUUCUGUGCUUAAUUCUGACUCGGAGGAUUCACUGCAAGUCUUUCUGAACCUUGUCCUUAAAGACUGCCAGCAUCAUCUCUGUGAGCCGGACCUGAAGCUGGUGUGGCCGAGCGCUAAACUCUUGCAGGCCGCAGCCGGAGCCUCAUAUAGAGCCAGUCUAAUCGGGACGCAGGCCGUCAUUCCUGCCUUGCUGGACCAAUACAAUAACAGGACACAGUGUGCUCAGCGGCGCACCCUUCUGGAGGUUCUGCAGGGUUUCGUUCAGCCCACUCCGCUCAGCCGGCCUGCAGAUGGAGAGGAGAGUGUGUUGGUUGCGUUUCAGCAGUCGUUAUGCACUGUGGUGUUUUCUGCAUUAAGCGAGACGAGCGCUGGUCUGCAGGUCACAGCCACACGAGUGCUCACUGCACUAUCACAGCAGCCAGGCUUGCUGUCUCAGACCGAUGUCGAAAACGCUGUUGAUCAUUUGACCAGACUCAUUUUAGAAGAAGAGGAGGCUCAAGUCAGUUUGGCAGUGGUGGAGUGUUCAGGCUCUCUGGCUCAUCUGCAUCCCCAUGCCUUCGUCUCCAGGAUGAUUCCUCAGCUGAAGGAAAAGAUCCUGUCAGAUGAGUGUAGUGGUGCAGUACGUCGGCGGUGUGUUGCAGCUUUAGCGUCAGUAUCCUCUCAGCCCAGCGUGGUGCAGGAGAGCUCUCCGGUUCUUCUCCAGGUGCUGACAUCAGCCCACACAGGCUGCUGCGGUUUCUCUGUGGAGGAAGUGAUCGCCGUGUGCAUCAGUUUGCAGAGGAUAGCAGUGCAUGCUCGCGAUAAUGAGGCGAUUGGCCAAUUCUUCCAUGACAUCAUCAUCCCGCGACUCCUAGGGCUGACUUUACAGGCGGCGCUGCAGAGUAAAGACUCCGGUCACAUCAGUCCACUCACAGAUGAAGCCGUUCUGUCUGCUAUCGUCCCUGUGAUCAGCACAGCCUGUGCCGCUCUAAAACCAGAAUCGGCUUCUCGUAUGGCGGCCCAGGCAGUUUCUUUGUUUCUGGAUGGAGACACAUCCUUUCUGCCAGAAAAUGCCUUCCCUUCACAAAUCCAGCCACUUCAGAGUCAGGCAGACUCCCGGGGGCCGUCUCAGCUGGUGUGUUUACUGAUGGCCUGCGUUUGCUCUCUUCCACGCAGUGUGGAGAUUCCUGACAUGGACCGGCUUCUGGUGCAGCUGGAGGAUCUGAGCUGUACAUCUCCACAUCUGUUUUCUUACACUUUUGCAUCAAAAUGCAUCGCUGGUCUGGUCAACAAGAGGCCGGCAGGAGCGGCUCUGAACGCAGUGCUGGACCGAGUGUUAAAGAGGGUCAGUCUGGAGCUGGAGGAAACGUCAUCCACGCACAGAACACAGGCCUUCACACUGCUGAUCUGGGUGGCCAAAGCUCUGCUCUUACGGUACCAUCCGCUGUCAACAGCCCUGACCGACAAGCUCUUCUCUCUGUUGAGUGACUCUGCGUUGGGAUCUCUGGUGGCUGAUGGUUUCUGUGUCCUCAUGAACGACUCGCCGGAUGUGCUCAAUCGAGAUUGUCAUGCUGACGUUCGCAUCAUGUACAGACAGCGCUUUUUCACUGAGAACUCAAGCAAGCUGGUUCAAGGUUUCAACUCGGCAGAGCAAGCAAAGAAGUCUUGCUAUUUGAAAGCGCUGUCACACAUCGUCAAUAACCUACCUAGAGAAGUGCAAUUGACGGAGCUUCCUGCGUUGCUGCCGCUGCUAUUGGAGGCUCUGUCGUGUGUGGAUCAGGGUGUUCAGUUGUCCACACUCUCCUGUCUUCAGCCAGUGUUGCUGGAGUCUCCUGCAGCUCUCAAUACUCAGCUGGAGGCCCUGUUCACUCGUCUGCUCGCCCUCACCACCAGCCCUGCCAUGAAAGUGAGAAUGGCGUCGCUCCGCUGUGUCCAUGCUCUGUCUCGUCUGCCUGAACAUAUGGUCAUGCCGUUCCGUGCCCGAGUCCUGAAGGCUCUCGCUGCUCCUCUGGAUGAUAAGAAGAGGCUGGUGAGGAAGGAGGCCGUAGCGGCUCGAGGAGAAUGGUUUUUGUUAGGAAGUCCUGGUGGAAGAUGAACAACAGGUCAGUGCUGCUAUCAAACCAAGAGCCCAGAACAGAGAUGAUCACCGCUCACAGCCUUUCAUUUUACUCCUCUAUCCUCUUUUUUUUUAAUGAGUUAGUCCUGUUUGGGCAUAGAGAUUGCUCAACAAACUGCGUAAACUGAAGCCCUUUUCAGCCGGACCUUCAACAACUAAUGCUGAAAGGAGAACACCUCCACUCGUCUUUACAGGAACGCAAGUCUGAUGCAGAAUAAAACAACCCAUCGCCCUGAAUGUGCCGUCGACGGUCCUUAUGGUAGGAUUUGUUAGUCUGUUGUCCAUUUUCGCAAGACUAACCUAAAAGUCUAACGGAGAAAACUGAUGCCAAGAAUAUAAAACAGUAUUUAAGUGUCAAUAAACCUUUUGUAAAUGUGUAGAUCGUGACAAACUUGGGAUUUAACCUGGUCUGCUUUGAAGGAAAACGUGAAGACAGAUGCACAGCCAGUCAAAACCCUUUCAAAUUGAUUUAUAAUGAGCUGAUUCUGCUUAUAAAGGCUCAUUUAUUGAACAAACACAGUAAAAAUGGUGGAAUGUUACUGCAAUAUUAAAUAACUGUUAUUUUAUUGAAUGUACCUUAAAAUUGAGUUCAUUCUAGUGAUUUAAAGCAUGAUUAGUCUACAUAAUCCUUAAAAUAUUCUGCUCAAGAAGAAAUGUAGUAUUAUUCAUUUUUCUUCAGCUCAGUCCUUUAUUUAUCAGGGGUCGCCACAGUGGAAUGAACUGCCAACUAUUCCAGCAUAUGUUUUAUGCAGCGGAUGCACUUCCAGCUGCAACCCAGUACUGGGAAACACCCAUACACUUUCAUUCACCCUCAUACACUAUGGCCAAUUUAGUUCAAUUCACCUAUAGCGCAUGUGUUUGGACUGUGGAGGAAACCCACGCCAACAUGGGGAGAACAUGCAAACUCCACACAGAAAUGCCAAUUGAGGCAGCCGGGACUGGAACUAAUAAUUAUGGCAUAGUUUUAAAACUUUUAAUAUAAAAUAAUCCUAAAAGACAAAUAUCAUUAGUGAUUUAGUACCGAUAUUAACCGAUCAUCAUAGAACGUCAAAUCUGCAUAUUAUAAUGAUGUGUAAAGGAUCAGGUGACACUGAAGAAUGGAGAAAAGUCAGCUUUAAAUACACUACCUGACAAAAGUAUCGUCGUCGAUCUUAUUUGUAAGAGCAACAAUUAACACCUUGAUUUCUAGUUGAUCAUUUGGAAAAGUGGCCGGAGGUGAAUUUUCCUGAUGAAUUAUCUGUUGAUCUGCAUCCCAAACAUCACUAAUACUGCUGAAGACCUACUGGAACCAGCAUGGACCCAAGAUUGUCAUAGAAAUCAGUCAAGUUUGGUGAAGGAAAAAUCAUGGUUUGGGGUUACAUUCAGUGUGAGAGAUCUGCAGAGUGGACGGCAACAUCAUCAAGACAUUUGUGCUGCCCAUUACAUUACAAACCACAGGAGAGGGACAAUUCUCCAGCAGGAUAGCGCUGCUCCUCAUACUUCAGCCUCCACAUCAAAGCUCCUGAAAGCAAAGAAGGUCAAGCUGCUCCAGGAUUGGCCAGCCCAAUCAUCAGAUAUGAACAUUAUUGAGCACUUCUUGGGUAAGAUAAAGGAGGAGACGUUGAAGAUGAACACAAAGAGUCUUGAUGAACUCUGGGAGUCCUGCUGAACGCUUUCUUUGCCAUUCCAGAUGACUUUAUUAAUGAGUGAUUUGAGUCAGAGAUGUAUGGAUGCAGUCCUCCAAGCUCAUGAUGAAGUCAGACACAAUACUCACUCUGUCUCCACUGCAGCAGGACUUUAUAUUCUAUACUGGACAUUAUUUCUGUUCAGUGACAAGACUUUAGUCUGAGCAGAGUCAGACCUUACUGUCCUAAUUAAAUAUUUAACAUUCAAGACAUGAUCAUAUUUUAUUUUGGUAAAAUAAGCGUCAUCUAGAGGCCUUUCAUAUUACCGCUUCUGACACCAAAUGAUCAACUAGAAGUCAACUUAUUAUUACUUGUUCCUAAAACUUGGAUAGCCGACAAGACUUUUGUCAGGUAGUGUAAAUAAAAUCUGAAGCUACAUUCAAUAAUAAAGGAGUUAAUUAAAAUUGUAAUAAUAUUUUAUAUGCAGUGUGAACUGUAUUUUGGAUCAAAUAAAUGCAGGCUUGGUGAGCAGAAUCUGCUUCUUUUAGAAUGUUUUUUACCGAUGACAAAAGCUUGACUGGUCGUGCACAUCAAGUCCAACAUAUUUUAUGUUUAAAAGCUGAAGAUAUUAAUGGUGUGGUCAGAAUUUCCAACUAGAAACUUGUUUUAUUGCUGUUUUUUAAAUCCCAGCAGUUCAUCUGUACAGUGUUUGCUGAGCUGGCAUUGAUAGAUGAUGUUACAAACGAUUCACAUAUUUACAGCAACGUGUCAUACAAUAAAAAAAAAGGUCUUAAAUCCUGAAAACACGCACACACAAAA